ACGCAAGUCACACGGUGACAUGUCACAUGGUCUUUCUUCCCCAGAAUCGUCUCUCUCGGGAUCCUCCCAGAUCCCAUCUCCCCAACCGCAGUCGCGUAGCAAUCCGCGGCUUCCCCGAGCCUAUGGACGCGUCCGACGGCCCGCAGUGGCCUUCGUGUGCGCGACCAUAGGAGCGCUCAAGCCCAAGGCCCCGCCGGAACCCCGCAUCUCUCAUGCCAGGCGAGAACCAGUACCCUCGCCCGCAACCCCGCACCAGCAUGCUCAUGCGCGCCAUGGCCCCGACCAGCUCGAGCUGGAGCGUGGAGCUCCACUACGCCGGCCACCAGAGAAGCCAUGGCCGCGCCCACGACCUUCUCCACGCUCGGAAUUUCCUCGGACCGAGGGGAUUUGGUCCCCAGCGACCAGAUCCGGCGCCCCAACUCCCCUUUUCCCCCGUGCACCAGUGCUCCAAGGCCGGCCCUUCUGCAUCUCGCCUCGCCGGAGCUGCAGGAGAUAGUCGUGGCGUACCCGAGCUCCGCCCGUCGCCGUUAUGCACGUCACCGGCUGCCCAAAACCUUGGGGAGGAGCUCAUCCUCCACGCCCCGAAGGCCCAGCUGCCAAGAACUGCUGCAGGUGCCUCUGCUCGUUAGAAGGAGACGAACUCCGGCGCCUCUUGUGGUUGCAUUGACCUCGGCCUCGCUCGCUGGGAUCCAUCCCAGCUCCAAGGCCUGCCUCCAUCAAGAGAGGCACAAGGCCCAACGCCUUUUGCUUCCACGACAAGCCAGGGACGACAUCGCCAUGGCCAUUGGUCUCCCGUCUCCCCGUUGUGAGCAAUCCCCCAUAGCUGGAACUCUUUUUGUGUGUACAUCCGAGUUGGCCAGCGCAGUAAACAUGGAAGCAAGGGGUCUGGGGUUCGAAUCCCAGCCAACAGGGUUCGAAUCCCAGCCAACCCUAUUUUCUGUUUUUGUUCUAUUUUGUUAUUUUUAGGUUAGCCCCUUAUACAGUUUCAUAUUGUGUGUUUUGCCUCAUCCAGGAAGUCAUGGGUUUGAGUCCGAUGUAGCUCAAAUUUUUGCCAUGUUUUUCCUUUGGACACGCACACGCAGACUUGGGCCAAUUCCAGCCCUGGCCGCUGCACUAUGUUGCAAUUCGGCCUAUGUUUUUUUCCUCGUACAAUUUCAUCAUUAACCUAGACAUGCAUUGUUGUA